CCUAGGCGUAGUUUGAGCGGUGUCGUUAGAAAGUUACCAGGAAAGCGGAACUAGCGAGCUAGCUGGACGUUAGCUAGGUUGACGAGUCCCCGUCUUAUUCUCCGGAUCUUGUCCUAACCAGGAUACAGGAGAGCAACUACAACAUUUUAAACAAUGCCGCAGAAUAUUGAGCUCGGGGCCAAAAGCGGAGCCGGUAAACAGGACAGCAGCAACAUGGAGGACAUGACUGUGGAACAAAUGGCCGCUAGAGCCAACCAUGUGACUGAUGAGUCAUUGGAAAGCACAAGGAGGAUGCUGCAGAUGGCAGAGGAGAGCCAACAGACAGGCAACAAAACCAUGGAGAUGCUUGACCACCAAGGAGAGCAACUGAAGAAUGUGGACCGAGGUAUGGACCAGAUCAACCAAGACAUGAGAGAGGCUGAGAAAAACCUGACCGACCUGUCUAAGUGCUGCGGCCUCUGUGUCUGUCCUUGUGACAGGGUGUCAUCCAUCGAGAAUGACUCACGCUACAAACGCACGUGGGGCACCAGCGAGGGGCAAGGUGACGGCAAAGACUCAAAAGCCGUCUCCAAGCAGCCUUCAGGUGUUCGCAACGGCCAAACCACCCAGACGAACGCCCCACCAUCAUCCGGCCCGUACAUCAAAAAGGUAACUAAUGAUGCAAGGGAGGAUGAAAUGGAGGAUAACCUUCAGGCAGUUGGCAGCAUCAUUGGUAACCUGAAAGACAUGGCUGUGAAUAUGGGCAGCGAGAUUGACAAACAGAACCAACAUAUUGAUGACAUCACUAAAAAGGCGGACAUGAACAAACUGCGCGUCGAUGAAGCAAACAAGAGAGCCAACAAGCUCGUCAAAUAGACGAGGAUUCCUCCUGCUAGUCCCAUACAUCCACUUUGAGUCUUUUCUGCUUCAUACAUGCACAUUGUCUACGUCUGCACAGUCAGACACACACUCUGAGAUAAAAUAAGAACAAAUUGGAUCAUGAAGACAUUUUGCCAGCAGUGUGCCUUUGACACCAUCUACUACGCAUUGUAAAUAGCCAUGUUGGACUGUCUGAAGCAGUGUGGGAAUCAGAAACAGGACUAAAGAGGACGUAACCGACUCCACAUCACUGCUGUUUGACACCAAACAUCCACCAGGCCCGUGGCAGCGUCUAAAUAACAUUCACAGUGAGGGAAGAUGCACAGGUCAGCUGGCUUCCCUACCAUUUUCGUCCUCAGAUUUGCUGUUAUGAUAUGAAUAACCGAGGUCACUGAUCCACACUGAUAAGCUGUAAUUAACAAAAUCUAAAAUGAAAACAUCAACUUAAUUAAAAUCAGAUGCUCAAAUCCCAGCAUUGAAGUUCAUUGUGUGGCGUAUUGUUUUGAUCUGAUAUCCCUAUUUAAUUAUCUGGCAAGCAGAAAUAACUUUGUCUGUUUUUAACACUUUGUUUCCAUGAUGUUUUUGCCAUUUAAGAUGUAGAGGUGUAUCCCAAGAAAUUAUAGAUAGAAUAUCAUUCAGUAAUUUCAUUCAAAAGUGAAACUCUUAUAUACACUCAAAAUAAACAGUGGGGUAUUUGUGAAUUUAAAAAAUCCAUAAGUCUAAUAAAAAAUGUUUUUAAUACAGGAAUUACAGCAGUAAAGUAUGUCCAUGUACUGUACAGCAUAUGGAAAUGCAUAUACUGUAACUGCAUGAAUUACUGCAUCAGUGCAGCAUGGCAUGGUGAUCAGCCCGUGAAAAGGGAUUUCUGUGUAUUCAUUAGAUACAAGGCAUAAUAAUCAAAAUUAGCUUAAAUAAACUUUAAAUGUAUAAAUGAGUUUCACUAUUUGACUUGAAUUAUAAAAAUAACCUUUUGAUGAUGAGAUGCACCUGUAAAUGCUAUUUUAAAAAACAGCAAAAUCCCAAAUGUGCCUUUUGGAGGGAAUCAGAACAAAAUCUUUUCAUGCUGGAAUUAAAAAUCUUCCUACUGAAUAUGCUUCAGACUGAGGUCAAGUUGAGGGUUUUGUGUAAAUAUGACAAUAUCCUAUUAUAAGAAGGCAUACAUACCAAUCACUUAAUUUUAGUUGUUCCUGAAGCAUUUAGUCUAACAUCAACACUGAAUUUCAAAAUAGAUGGCAGGGGUUUACCAUUAAAACAUCCACUGUCUUACAUUUAUUUUUAGUGUUUGUCUUUGUAUUUAGGGUUUUCCUGUCUGAUCCCAGUGUUGUUGUAAAUAUGGAAUAUUCUGGAACUGUUUGACUGCCUGCAGUCAUUCUUUUAAUCGGACUGUAUCUCUUUAAUGUUGGCUAAUAAAGAUUUACUGCUCCCAACUGGAGAUUUACCAGCCUAUGCAGAGCUGCUGCACAAAUCAUGUAAUGUGCAGAAAAUUCACUUCCUCUUGCUCUAUAAUUGUACAAUCUGUUAAACAUAUAAAAACAAAUGUUCAGUCCUUAAACACACUUGUAAUGCAUAUUUUGUUUUUCAUAUCACUCUGGCAUUGUUUUUGGUUUUUGUGGGAAUAUGCUGCAGCUCUGUGACAAAUUAUAGUUUCCAGAAAAGCUUUUUUUUUUUUUUUUUUUUUAGAAACAUAUGAUCCUCCCCCUAUAAAUUACAAUUGCUGUGUUGUAACAGUUGUAUCACCGAAGGCUCCUGCUGCACUCUGCUUUAACAGCACAGCUGCAUUAAACACUAUUAUAUCUGGUGAUUAAAAACCAUUAUAUCAGUGUGUUUUAUCAAAACAGCCUGGCUGAGAAAUUACAGCUGGCAGCAGGAUGCAUAAAUAUACACAGUGUGUAAAUGAGUUGCUUACGGGGUAAAAGCCGAAUGUAUCCGAUGGGUCCUGUCAUGAUCUCUCACAACGAGGUGGCUAAUAAGUAACAUUGCAUGCUAAACCUGUUUCCUAUCAGCAUCUCCUGGUUCAUUUAUUCUGAAAAACAAGAAUCGUUUGCCUGCAGGCAUGCGCUUACGGAGUUUGUAAAGAUUGUCAAAAAUUGUUUAGUGCUUUGUGGUGCUGUAAGUGAUCAUCCUCAGCAUGUUACUGGUGACAUGAGAUCUAAUGAGUUUGAAGCUGCCCUGUAGUCGUCUCCUCUUGGUGUCACCAACAGCUACUGGAAUGUAAAUGCAGCACAUUUGUUUGUUUUUAGUAUAUUCAUAUGCAGCUUGACUUUUGGUUAACAGCGUCUGUUUAAAUUCAUUCCAGUUGUUUCAUGUAUCUCUAUCAAACUGUUUAUUCUCAAUAAACUAUACUCUGAAGCUCA